AAAAAGAUCCAUUUUGUCCUUUUGAAAUAUCUACUCAAAGGACGUCAAAUAUUGGUGCUCCCAAAAUGCAUAGUGCAAAACUACAAAAAUCUUAUAGUCUUAUGCAUAUAAUCGAUAAAGAAAAUUUAAAUGAUAAUGAUCUAAUAUCAUUUGACAAUGAAAUAGAAUUAUUAGCAGCUGAACCAGAAACUUUAGUAAUAAAUUUAAUUGAACAAACAGACCCAGUAGCUCCAUCAAUUCAAAAGUGA